AUGUAUACUUUGAAGGGUAUAUUUCCCGAACCAAAGAAAGAACAAAAAAAGAACUUCAUUAGAGAGAACAUGAAACAACUAAAAUAUAUUCAAAAUAAAUCUCCUAAGGAACCUAAAUACACCACCAAAAAUGUCCAUCCCCCACGAUUGACAAAUCCAAUAGCAGCUGGUAGCUCCCUCGGACAGGUGAAGUCAUCUCCUUCAAAUAAAAGUGGCAAAAUAUCACCCACUAUGGCAAAGACAAGCUCUACAACUACUCGUAAGAAAGUCACAGAAAUAAAAAUAAAAAAGGGUGACAUGGCUGAGUUUUUAAAACGAAAAGAAAUGCGACUGGCAAAACAAGCAGUUGUGGACACAUGCGAAGAUGACGAUGAAGAGGUGAAAUCGACAGAUUCCUCUGGACGCCUUAGAGACAUUGGUUGCCAAACCAUUGAGAGCAAUCUAUCUCAAAAAUUCUCAGAGAGUGCAAAGUUGACAAUGUUAUAUCCUAAAAAGGAGUCUGAAGAUACUGACGCUAAGAUGAAAGCAAGUGGAGACACUGGACAUAACAGAAGUCCACCACCAGGCCAUACUCCUCGCCGAGCUGGCGAUGACCUUUUAGAUAUGGAAAAGAAUCGCAGUCGGUUGAAUGCAAUUUUAGAAAGGAAAGAUAAAGACCCGUACUUACCAUCAGGUUACCAAAAGGGUGUGGUACCGAAAUAUCUGCGUGAACGUAAGGAUCAAGGCCCUAAAGACAUUGAAGGUGCGAAGAUAGACGACGACAGCGCCGUGUGUCCACCUGGACAUGUUACCUUACCCGAUACAGAGAGAAAAGAGACACUAAGGAUGCUUAGAAAUAGUUUUGCAGAACUAGUAAGUGAACUAAACAAACUACCAGUCAAAACAGAUACUUUGAAAAUGCGUAACAAGAAAAUGGAGCUCGAAAAACAGUUAGCCAAGCUUGAAGAGGGAAUCAAGGUAUUUUCGAGGCCCAAAGUAUUCGUCAAAAUAGGGGAGUGA